GAUUCGAACGUCCGCAUUGGCCUCGGGCCAGACACCGUGGAUCCAACCCUGCAGAUUACGAAGAGGGCUUGGAGCAUGUCGGCAAAGUGCCAUCACUAUUUGACAGGCAGGUGUCGCAUGGCCGGGCGAACAGGCGAGAUGGGCAUGUGCCUUGCAGAUCAAAUGGUGGCUCUCAAAGGACAUCCUUACAGGUGCAAGGCACCUCCAGUGACCGCAGAAGUAGCGCUGACACGACCGGCCCGGUCGGUGUCCGCACCACUCAAAGCUCGGGAAACUCUGACUUUGAGCACAUGGGGCCGCUUGGGACGGCCAGACAGUUUUGA